AGUCCUCCAAAAAUAUUCACAACUCAAAAUGAACUUCUGACAAGACUACUUAACCUCCACUCAAGAAUUACUUGAGUUCAAUUCGCUUUCCCUGAAUUCAACUGCUACCUGCUGCGUUGCAAUUACGUUCAUUACCAUGCAUUACUUCAACUCAUUGGUCUUGGUAGCCUUGUCGCUCCCUCUCGUCGCGCAUUCCAAAUCGCUCUAUAUCGACUACAGUUGUACAUUCAAGCCCGGUUGGAAUGACUAUUGGCAAGAAUCGCUGAGGCUUGCCAGGCGGGCGGGGGAACGAUUGGAUAGCGCAACAGACACUGAUUUUGAAGCCGUGUUCAAGCGUAUAUUCCGGACAGACAAGGGCUCUACCCAGGGACAGUACGUUAGAGGCAUUCUGAAAGAGUUCGUCGACUUGUCCCCGGUGACUGACCUCAAAACGUCCGACAUAAGAGUCUUCUGCGAUAAUGACAGGCGGUGGGGAUCUGAGAGGCCCACCGGCGGUUGGUACGAUGGAACCAAUGAAUUGAUUUUUCCGUUGAAACCAUCAUGUUACAAACCUGGUGUAUUGGGUCGGGCAUACAAUGGAAAGACAUUCGAUGCAACGGACCCGACAAGCCCGCGCGCGGGCCAUAAUCCAAACCGUAUCGUUGUGGUUAUCUGCGAUGAAGCAUUCAAAUCUGGCGAUGGUCUUCCUCUCCGGAUCGACCACCACGUGGAGGCGUUAGAUUUGAACAACGUGCCAAUCGGAAUCCUUUCGUAUCUGGUCUCUGCCACUAUCGUCCACGAAUUUGCGCACGCUCUAUCAUAUGAACCCUCAACUGGAGAAAUGAGGAUCCGAGAUCUCCCGGAUCCCCAGACUGCUUAUGGCUGGAAGAACAGUAUUCAGAAGCCAACCGAUAUGGCCGUUAAUAAUGCGGAUAACUACUGCUACCUAACACUAUGGGCAGUGCUUGCUGACAUGGGUUACACACUUCCGCGAGUGAAUGAGCCGGGAUUGAGCGCACAAGAUAAGCAGGAUAGGGAGGAUGCCGCGGUGAAAGGAAGACUCAGCAGAUAUCUAGACAUCACGAAGAGGAUGCUGAAGUCGCUUAAGCUUGUCGCGAGAGCGUUCUCGGCAUAGAAUGUGUAUAGGUGUUUAUGUAUUAUAGGUGUAGGUUAGGUGUUAAGGGCCUACAUUUGAAUUAUUUUCGAAGCCG